AUGGCCGCAGGUGACGAGCGCCACUUCGGCCAAGACGUCGACAAGGACGAGGACAAGGACAACCGCUACGACGACCUAUGGAAGGACGUCGACCGCCGUGGUCGCUUUGCCACCGUUGAGGCGAAGACCUUCACCUCCACGCAACUGAGGCGCAUCGGCGAGGUGUGCAGCAAGCGCCUGCCACCAGCCAGCGCAGUACAGGCGAUGUUCAUGUAUGAGCUUCAGCGGGAGUCCGAGGUCGAGUCACUUUUCCACGACCACAUGUUUCGCCUGGCGAAGCAAGACGACAAGUCCGCCGAGCAGGAGAAGCGUAUCGCAGCACUGGAGACUCGUCUCACACAAGUCGAGAGAGCAGCUGCCAGCAAGGACAUCGAGGAGCGUCUGGCCACAUCCAAGGUCACUAUGAAGGUGCAGCAAGGAAAGAUCGAUAGCUGCACCGGGCAGGUCAAGGACUUGGAGACGAAGCUGUCCGAUGUCCAGAAGGAGCUCGAGACGCUUCGCAGCAAGCAGGAGGAAGCCACCACUCAGCGCGUCGAUGACCAGGCGGCUGCGCGUCCAGACACGCAGACCAUGGCAGACGAGAUCAACGUAUUGUUCGACGAUCGCGAUGGCAUCCUCGAAAUGAUCACCGAGGUGAAGAGCCGCCUGGUCACCCUCGAGGACAACAUCCGCGCCCUCACCAUUCAAGGUACCUCCAUCAAGACCCCAUCCGUGUCCCCGCAGCUUAUCCCAGUGCAGAACGGUAACGGCCAGGUGGUACACGAUCUCGAGAUCCCCAAGGGCAGAGCACACGUGAGCAUGAAAGAGAAUCGGAAGCCGUCAAGCAUUCGCAGCUUCAGUCCUGGCAAGCAGUGGGCAGCUUAG